UUUACCAAUCACGUCAAACACUAAAUAUUUCGGUAUCGGCAAGGUACCCAGAGUUUGAAGUUGGAUCGAUCUUUUACUCGACGCAUUCUUCAGCCUUACGGAGGUAAUCAAGGUUCCAUACAGGUACAUAACAUAUGUUUUGAAUCUUACCCCUCCAUUACCUUCAAUACCUUCAAUACUUACAUCUCUCGCCGUCCAUAUACAAUACCCAAGUACCUAUCUAUAUAUACCCAUAUCCGUUGUUACCAGCGCUGGUUGUUACUAACUUAUAUUUAUAUCUAUUCUAUCGCAGACUUGGUUGGAUUCUGAAUUAAUUCCUCGUGUAUGCCGAGAACAGUUCUUUCUUCCCCUUCUACCUCUUUUUUAUUACGACGCGACUCAAAACUAUUACUCUUUUAUAGUCUCCCUUAACAUGUCUCUACCACCCCGCGUUACAGUUGAGAACCUCCCAGACCUCCUUAAGGAUGACACCAAGGUGAAGCUGGCAGGAGUAGACGUCGAUGGAAUGCUACGAGGGAAGAUCGUGUCCAAGAAGAAGUUCCUCUCCGUAGCCAAAGAAGGUUUCGGGUUUUGCAGUGUCAUCUUCGGUUGGGAUAUGCACGAUAGAACCUAUGGAAAGGAACUCAAGAUUAGCAACAAGCAGAACGGUUAUCGCGACUUGAUAGCCGUGCCCGAUCUAAACAGUUUCCGACGCAUUCCCUGGGAAGACAAUGUCCCCUUCUUCUUAGUUAGCUUCUUCGACGACGACGCAAAUCCUGUAUGCGCCGAUCCGCGCGGGCUGCUUAAAACUACCGUAGAAAAGCUGGAAAAGAAGGGUUACAAUGCCAUGGCAGGAGCCGAAAUCGAGUUUUUCCAAUUCAAGAUACCUUCUUCGAAUUCCUCAACCACAGACUCGCCCUCUCCCUCCGUCGCAUCAUAUCUUAACAGCAACCCACCGCAUACCCUGCCUCCCCUAACCGAGGGUAUGUUCGGAUAUAGCAUUACGCGGCCGACGCUCAACAAGUCUUACUAUCACGGGGUAUACGAUUCGUGUGCCAAGUUUAGGUGCGACCUGGAAGGUUGGCAUACCGAGAGCGGACCUGGGGUCUACGAGGCGGCAUUGGAAUUUGGACAAAUCUCAGAGACUGCCGAUAGAGCAUCCCUCUUCAAGUACGUCGUUAGGUCGGUUGCGAGCGAAUACGGAAUUACGCCCUGUUUCAUGGCGAAACCUCAGCACGGUCUGCCAGGGAACAGCGGGCAUACCCACGUGUCUGUCGUAGAUAAGGACGGCAAGAACCUAUUCUUCCGCGAGGAGAAGGAUGAGAAUGCAAAGUACCCUGACAUUGCCCAUCUCAGCGAUCUCGGAAGGCAUUUUCUUGCGGGUAUCCUGGACGGUUUACCUGAUGUAAUGCCGAUGCUUGCGCCUACCAUAAAUAGCUAUAAGCGGUUGGUUGAGAAUUUCUGGGCCCCCGUGACCGUCUCGUGGGGUCUCGAACACCGUGCUGCAUCUGUCAGACUCAUCGCGCCUCCUACUUCCAAGCCUGGGGCAACGCGAUUCGAGGUCCGUGUACCAGGUGCCGAUGCGAACCCUUACUUCGUCAUGUCGGCUAUCCUAGCUCUCGGCUGGCGCGGCGUGGAGAAGAAACUCGAGAUCCCGAUUCCUCCUCUCGGCAAGGGUCAGGAUGUGGGAGACCUGUCCGAUCAAGGUACUCGCCUCGCGAGAAACUUGAGGGAAGCUACCGAUAGAUUUAUGAGCCAAGAUAGCAUCGCUCGCGAAGUUUUCGGUGACGACUUCGUAGAUCACUUUGGAGGUACCAGGGAAAACGAGAUACGACUUUGGGAUGAGGCGGUAACGGAUUGGGAACUGAAACGAUACAUAGAGACGGUAUGAGGAUUGGAUGAAUGAUAUCCUGUAUAAUAGUCGUAUAACUAACCUGCUAGCCUUAUUGUUACGCCGUAAAGUAAAUUUGAAUCCUUUCUUGAAAGAGCGUUUGGCCUGUAAAUGUGCUUAACGGUCUUUGUCCUGGGCAGCUAGGAUCUCCUAAGAUUCUUCCCGACGUAUUUCCCUUCGUGAGAGAUGAUUGAAAGGAAGUGAAAGAUUUUCAACCAUAAGGCACGAAAUAUAUCCCCAGGUGUGAGAUUCGUUCAAGUAGAGCGGGGUUUGGCUGACGAAUAUUACAAUUCUUAAAUUGGGUACUUGGAUACUAUGGGAUACUAUGGAAAAUCAUCUUAUAAAGUAAAAAGUGUCACAUCGGGGGAAUAAAAAGGGAAGAAAGUUCCCCAAAUACUCGGGGUCAUUUGGCUAAUGCAGUAU